GCAUCAUGUCGGCGGCGCAGGUGUCCUCGUCCCGGAGACAGUCUUGCUACCUGUGCGACCUGCCCCGCAUGCCCUGGGCCAUGAUCUGGGACUUCUCGGAACCCGUAUGCCGCGGUUGCGUCAACUACGAGGGCGCCGAUCGCAUCGAGUUCGUGAUCGAGACGGCGCGCCAGCUGAAGCGGGCGCACGGCUGUUUUCAGGACGGCCGCUCCCCCGGGCCGCCGCCGCCCGUCGGGGUCAAGACGGUGGCCCUGUCGGCUAAGGAGGCGGCGGCUGCAGCAGCGGCGGCAGCCGCCGCCGCACAGCAGCAGCAGCAGCAGCAACAACAGCAGCAGCAGCAGCAACAGCAGCAGCAGCAGCAACAACAACAGCAGCAGCAACAGCAGCUCAACCACGUCGAUGGUUCCAGCAAGCCCGCUGUGCUGGCGGCCCCGUCCGGCCUGGAGCGCUAUGGCCUGAGCGCUGCCGCCGCCGCCGCCGCGGCUGCCGCCGCCGCGGUGGAGCAGCGUAGUCGCUUCGAGUACCCGCCACCUCCGGUGAGCCUGGGAAGCAGCAGCCACGCCGCGCGGCUGCCCAACGGCCUGGGGGGCCCCAAUGGCUUCCCCAAGCCGACACCGGAGGAGGGACCCCCGGAGCUGAACCGGCAGAGCCCCAACUCCUCUUCAGCCGCGGCGUCAGUGGCGUCUCGGCGCGGGACGCAUGGUGGGCUAGUGACGGGGCUGCCCAACCCGGGGGGUGGUGGAGGCCCCCAGCUCACGGUGCCCCCCAACCUGCUGCCGCAGACUCUACUUAACGGCCCGGCCAGUGCCGCCGUGCUGCCCCCACCGCCGCCCCACGGCCUGGGCAGUCGUGGGCCCCCGACGCCCGCGCCCCCAGGGGCGCCCGGGGGCCCCGCUUGUCUUGGGGGUGCCCCGGGCGUGUCAACCGCGUCGUCCUCGGCGUCGUCUUCGACCUCGUCGUCGGUGGCGGAGGUGGCUGUGGGUGCUGGUGGAAAAAGGCCCGGCUCGGUCUCCAGCACAGACCAGGAGCGCGAGCUGAAGGAGAAGCAGCGGAACGCCGAGGCCCUGGCCGAGCUGAGCGAGAGCCUGCGCAACCGCGCGGAGGAGUGGGCCAACAAGCCCAAGAUGGUCCGCGACACGCUGCUCACGCUGGCUGGCUGCACGCCCUACGAGGUGCGCUUCAAGAAGGACCACUCGCUGCUGGGCCGCGUCUUUGCCUUCGACGCUGUCUCCAAGCCCGGCAUGGACUACGAGUUGAAGCUGUUCAUUGAGUACCCCACGGGCUCAGGCAACGUGUACUCCAGCGCAUCUGGUGUGGCCAAGCAGAUGUACCAGGACUGUAUGAAGGACUUCGGCCGGGGUCUCUCCUCCGGCUUCAAGUAUCUGGAGUACGAGAAGAAGCACGGCUCUGGGGACUGGCGUCUGCUUGGAGACCUGCUGCCUGAGGCCGUGCGCUUCUUCAAGGAGGGCGUGCCCGGCGCCGACAUGCUGCCCCAGCCCUACCUGGACGCCAGCUGCCCCAUGCUGCCCACGGCGCUGGUGAGUCUAAGCCGCGCCCCCAGUGCGCCCCCGGGCACCGGGACCCUGCCGCCCGCCACCCCUUCGGGCCGAGGCACAGCCGCCAGUCUUCGCAAGAGGAAGGCGUCCCCCGAGCCCCCGGACUCCGCCGAGGGCGCCCUAAAACUGGGCGAGGAGCAGCAGAGGCAGCAGUGGAUGGCGAACCAGAGCGAGGCCCUAAAGCUCACCAUGUCGGCCGGGGGCUUUGCGGCUCCGGGGCAUGCCGCGGGAGGUCCGCCCCCACCGCCUCCGCCCCUGGGACCCCACUCCAACCGGACCACCCCGCCCGAGUCAGCCCCUCAGAACGGGCCGUCCCCCAUGGCCGCCCUCAUGUCGGUGGCAGACACUCUGGGCACGGCGCACUCGCCCAAGGACGGCAGUUCCGUGCACUCCACCACUGCGUCCGCGAGGCGCAAUAGCAGCAGCCCGGUGUCACCGGCCUCCGUGCCCGGGCAGCGCCGCUUGGCAUCUCGGAACGGGGACCUGAAUUUACAGGUGGCGCCCCCGCCGCCUAGCACCCACCCGGGCAUGGACCAAGUGCACCCCCAAAACAUUCCGGAUUCCCCUAUGGCCAACAGCGGGCCCCUCUGCUGUACCAUUUGCCACGAACGUUUGGAGGACACGCAUUUCGUUCAGUGCCCAUCCGUCCCCAGCCACAAAUUCUGUUUCCCUUGCUCUAGAGAGAGUAUCAAGGCCCAGGGGGCCACCGGCGAGGUGUACUGCCCCAGCGGAGAAAAAUGCCCUCUGGUUGGGUCGAAUGUACCUUGGGCCUUCAUGCAGGGGGAAAUCGCGACGAUCUUAGCUGGAGAUGUUAAAGUGAAAAAGGAGAGAGACCCUUGAACCACAAGACCGCCACCUCCUCUGCCCCUGACCAGCUUCUCUCCGAUCCAGAGGGCCCCUCCCCCACCCACAGCGACCCUCCCUCCCCUCACCCCCAAGAUGUAGAAUUGUGAAUAUAACAAACUGCAAAAAGUUAGUCUUAUGUAUAGACAUUAUUUUCGUCGUAUGUUUCUAUAUUUUGAAACAAAAGGUAUGUAACUUCUUCAUUUGAAGGAUAAGCUGGUUUGUGUUAAGCAGUAUAAUAUUGGUUGGGUCAUUUGCAUCAUUUCGUUAGCAUUUAUUUGGUGGCAGAGUGUUUGCCUAGGUACAGAAUUAAUAGCCCUUAGCAACGACUGCUGCUGGUGUGUAUUUUUGUAAAUGUUAUGCACUCUCUGAAAGGAAAAAAAACACAAAAGAAAAUGACUUUUUUUUUUUUUGCCAAGGCCAGUGUUGCUGCCUAAAAAAAAAAAAAAAAAGAUGCUAUAAAAUGGUGAAAGCUUCUUUCUAAACAGCCCCAAGAGUUGAAGUCUUCACUUUAUUUUGUUCCAUUUUGUUCUGUUUUGUUUUUUUGUUUUUCUGUUUUGUUUGCAAAAUGGUAAAGGGGGGAGGUGUUUGGGGGGGGCGGGGUGUUUUCUGUUGCAAGUUUGUGAGGGAAAAUGUUUUGGUUUGUUUCUACUGACUUGAAUGUGUUGGAUCUUCACGUGUUGUUUUGUUUUUGCUUUAUUGAUGCACGGAUGCUUUUGAACAGUAGAGCGAAAUGCUAGACAUGGGGAAUCUGCUCUGUUUGUCCUUUAUACAUUUCUGUAGUUAACAGAACACUGUAAUGUGCCUUGGAGCUUAGUAACUUGUAAUAAAUUCAAUUGAUAUUAAUUCUG